UCCUGCCAGGUCCAGGCCCGCGUCGCCAUCCUCGGUCCUUUCCGGGCUCCCCCGGCCAGCUCCCUGCUCGGGAUUGGUCCAUCGGACCGCUGCGGGGCCGCUGGGCUCGGUAGGCAGCGGGGUUUGCCAGGCCCAGAGUGUCAGGUCGGCUGCCCGCGUCUGCUUCGAAAGCCCCAGUAACGACCCGGACGUCGGCGCCCCGGGACACCUGGGAACGCAGGAGCCUGCUCCAGCGCCAGCCUCUCCUCCCCGGGCGGCCUCCGCACCAGGAUGAGCCAUCAAAUUUCAGGACAGCUCAGGGCUUAGAAGAAGGCUCAUCUAAAUAAAGGCGGCCAAAGUGACAUUGCAGGAUUUAAUCCCCCAGCUGCCUGUGUGACCAAAGGCUGAUUUGCAAGACUCUUUCUCUUUGGAGUUCAGAUUAUUGAGUCUCCAAGUUCCUGCGACUUCACAGCAAGAGAAACACACAAUGACGGUCAGCGAUGUGCACCAGCCGCAGGACCUCGGGGGCCUCGGAGGGGCUUUUACACCCUGGAUGCCUGGGCAUCCGCGGAAGUAACAACUGGAGCCUUUAGUGCUGCAGCCGCCUACUACACAGCAUCAGACUCCUCAGAAAGAGGUAUGGUGAUGCGGCAAGGGCCUGGCUGUCCUAUUAGGACUUGGGAGUUGGAGGUGAGAGAAGGCGGGAAGGUCCUGGAGUGAGAGGAGCUGCUUUCAGCUGGGCUGGGCUGGGCUGGGCAGGCUCGGCAUCGGGUCACUGGAUCUGGAAGGACUUUUUGUCCCGUCUCAGAGCUCUCGCGGACACUGGGCUCCGAGACAGAGGCCUUGGCUUGCAUCUCCUUCCUCCGCUCCUCUGCCACCUGCCCUGAUGGUGGCUCUCUGUUGAGAUGGAGAUGUGAACCUGUGUGGACGAUGACCGCAGUGUUUGCAAAUGGAGGUGGCCUGCUGAACACGCACUGUGAUAGGUGGGACCGGCGCGACAGCUUGGAAAGCAGCUGUCAGACCGAGUGCGGCAAGGAGGGUGAGGAGGACGAGCCCCACCAGCUGACACCCUUCGAGAAGCUGACCCAGGACAUGUCCCAAGAUGAGAAGGUGGUGAGGGAGAUCACGUUGGGGAAACGCAUAGGCUUCUACCGAAUUCGAGGGGAAAUCGGCAGCGGAAACUUUUCCCAGGUCAAGCUGGGGAUUCAUUCCCUGACCAAAGAAAAGGUGGCCAUCAAGAUUUUAGACAAAACCAAGUUAGACCAGAAAACCCAAAGGCUUCUGUCCCGGGAAAUCUCCAGCAUGGAAAAACUGCACCAUCCCAAUGUCAUCCGCCUCUACGAAGUGGUGGAGACCCUAUCCAAGCUCCACUUGGUGAUGGAGUAUGCAGGGGGCGGGGAGCUCUUUGGAAAAAUUAGCACCGAGGGGAAGCUCUCUGAACCCGAGAGCAAGCUCAUCUUCUCCCAGAUUGUGUCUGCCGUGAAGCACAUGCAUGAAAACCAAAUUAUUCACAGAGAUCUGAAAGCAGAAAAUGUAUUCUAUACUAGUAGCACUUGUGUGAAGGUGGGUGAUUUUGGAUUCAGCACUGUAAGUAAAAAAGGCGAAAUGCUGAACACCUUCUGUGGGUCUCCUCCCUACGCAGCACCUGAACUUUUCCGAGAUGAACACUACAUCGGUGUUUAUGUGGAUAUAUGGGCCUUGGGGGUGCUUUUGUAUUUCAUGGUGACUGGUACGAUGCCAUUUCGGGCAGAGACUGUGGCCAAAUUGAAGAGAAGCAUCCUUGAAGGCACCUACACCAUACCCCCACAUGUGUCAGAGCCCUGCCACAGGCUCAUCCGAGGAGUUCUUCAGCCUGUGCCCACAGAGAGGUAUGGGAUCAACUACAUCAUGAAUAAUGAGUGGAUGCGAGGGGUGCCAUACCCCACCCCUCUGGAACCUUUCCAACUGGAUCCUAAACACUUGUCAGAAACCAGCACUCUCAAAGAAGAAGAAAAUGAGGUGAAAAGCACUUUAGAACAUUUGGGUAUUACAGAAGAGCAUAUUCGCAAUAACCAAGGGAGAGAUGCUCGAAGCUCAAUCACUGGGGUCUAUAGAAUCAUUUUACACCGAGUACAAAGGAAAAAGGCUUCAGAAAGUGUGCCCAUAGUGAUACUACCAGACCCCAAAGAAAGGGACCUAAAGAAAGGGUCUCGUGUCUACAGAGGCAUAAGACACACAUCCAAAUUUUGUUCAAUUUUAUAAAUUACAUCAGACUGCUGGUAACUAACCACGAUCAAAGUUGCUGCUUUUAACUUUUCUUGUGGAAAACUUGGAUGGAGACAUUUUGUAAUUUUUAAAUAAAUUUAAAUUUGAGAUAUGCAUUUUUCCCUCAAAA